AAAGACCAUAAAAUGUUUAAUUACUUAUUGAUUGAGUGAUGAGAGUGUAAAUAAUUUUACCCCCAAAAUAAUGGCAAUACAUUUAUGCAAAAUAAUUCAGAGACGACUUUACGACCUCUUCUCCAGUAAACAAUCACUACUCUUGUGUUUUGCCUUUUUCUGUAUGACAUUCAUAGCAACACUUCAUAUAAUUGAGAUAUUUCUUGUAUGGAAUCAUAAAACAGAUUCAUUGAUUAGGGGAACGGGCGAUGAAUACCAUCAAUCGUGUUAUGACUUUCCAAUCGAUUUGGUCUAUACGUGGGUUAAUGGCAGUGAUCCUAAACUGUUAGCGCAACUCUUGAAAACAAAACAACAAAUUCAAAGCACAUUCCUAAGACAUGGUAAUUGUGGUAAUAAUGACUGUAAAGCUAGUAAUAGUACAGACAUUAAUUGUAUUGAUGGACACUGUUUGGUGACACCAAUAGUAUACAUAAGCGCUAAACUAACUAAUCCAUACCAUCUUUUCGGUGAUAACGUGACUAAAGUUGAAAUAAUCAAUACAUUGUCCGGAACUCUACUCUACUUUGCAACACUUGAUAAAGCUUACGAGGUAACUGAGCGCUGCUUUAUAUCCGAUAAUAUGACCACUUAUUCAGUGAGAAAGAGUCUUAUAAUUCUUGACAAGAGUAUCGUCAACAAUGAAACUACUGGUGCACUAAAUAAUGACACGAAUGGCAAUAAAAAUAGCAGUUUUAGCUUAAAAGUCAAUUCAUUGAUUCUGGUGUCGGGAAUACCGGUGAAUGCGACGACCAAUCGCUCACAACUUGUCUUUUAUUUAUCUCCGAUCGCCAGAAAACAAGUCGAUGUAAUCAAUAUUUAUAAAGACAAACACAUGGCUUUGUUAUCCCUUAAGUCGAGUGCAACUAAUGUCACGAAAGUAAUAAAUGCUUUGCAUAUGAGUUUCCGUACGGCAACUAAUGGUAUCGACACAUCCAUCAAAGUUGAACACCCCAUCCAUCUUCGUGUAGUCGAUACUACUGAUAGGUACAACAUAUCAAAUCAAACGACUGACAAAACAUUGGUUGAGUUAAAUGAUAACCGAUUCUCUGACAAUCAGGAACUCCGGUAUUCAUUGCGAUCGGUAGAGAAAUACGCCAAUUGGGUGAGGAAUGUCUUCAUUGUGACCAAUGGGCAAAUACCUAAUUGGAUUAAUCUGAAUAAUCCUAGGAUUAAGAUUAUUACACAUGAGGAGAUAUUCCCAAAUAUAAGUCAUUUGCCGUCAUUUAGUUCACCGGCCAUUGAAACACAUUUGCAUCGAAUACCAGGUCUUUCAAAAAGAUUUUUAUAUUUAAACGACGACUUUUUCUUUGGUGGACACAUAUAUCCCGAAGAUUUUUAUACAAAUAGUAAGGGCUUUAAGAUAUAUCUUUCGUGGCCGGUGCCUAACUGUGUUGAUGGCUGCCCUCUAAACUGGCUUAAGGAUGGCUAUUGUGAUCAGGCAUGCAAUAAAAGUGAAUGUCUAUGGGAUGGCGGCGAUUGUUUAAAAGACAGCUCAACCACACAAAGAUCUGAUGUUUAUAGUUAUACCGACUCAUCAAUGAGUUAUUCAGAUGUAUAUUGUAGUGCUAGUUGUGUAGACAGUUGGCUAAGCGAUCGAUUCUGUGAUCAAAUAUGCAAUAAUAUUAAUUGUGGCUACGAUUUGGGCGAUUGUGGUACAGAUAUGUUUGAAAAUAUUUUUAAUUUUUAUUUUAAGCCCAAACAAAAUGCUUAUAAUUUAAGUAAUGAUAUUAAUGUAUUUUAUUUUAAUUUAAGUGAUUUUCUUUUGUUAAACAAUAAAAAUAGUGACAGUUUUCAAAUUAAUGAAUUGAGUUACGAAAACAAUAGUUUUGUCAGAUCGGCGGCACUUAAUAUGAUUCACAAAGUAUUAACGUUUGUAUUGAUACCAAACCGACAAAAACAUGAUCUCAACAUUGCUUUAAAAGGACAGAAAAAUAAGUCAGAAUUUGUCAUCAAUUUUCAGCUUUUAUUGACUAAUGACUCAAAACUUCAAAAUACAAGUGAUUUCUCAAUAGACAAGAACAUCAACAACAGCGGUAGUGAUGAUAAUGAAACAGAAAUGCUAGUAAUGGUUACUCAUCUGAAUGAUUCAUAUUUGGGUGAUAGACAUACAAUAAGUGAUAUACUAAGUGAUAACAACAACAAAAAUAACACCACAAUCAUCAUCAACAACAACAACGAGAACACCACUGAAUUUAAAUUCAAGAAUCGAUUACCAGAAUAUCCGAAAAUUUUGCCAUUGAAUGAAAUGCUAUACAUUAAUAACAUAUCACUUGAAUGUGAUUUCAAUGUCAGUGAAUUGCCCGAUGAUAUCAAAGAAAAGUUCAACGACUUUGACAUUAAAUUCAAGAACGGAAUUCUUACGGAAAAUGGAUUUAAAAAUUUUAGGACACAAUUAAUACAGUUAUAUGUAAAACAAAUUUGCAAUUAUAAGACAACAAUCAAAUUAUAUGACAGAACAAUGAGUUUUCUUGAUUGGGAAAGACAGUCGACAUUUGCUGACAUCGAGACUGGUCUAAGUCUUGAAGAAAAUGUUGACAAAAAUCGUGUCUUACGAAGACAUUUGAUGGACUCGUAUGCAGACUCACUAAAACAUGUCAAUUAUCUCUAUAAUAAAGUGUUUGGUAUUGAAAUGCGUAAAGUGCCGGCACAUAUGGCCCACUUCAUUGAUGUCGAUAUCAUGGAUAGACUACAAAAUACAUUUAGACAUCACUUUGAAAUCACAUCAUCGCAUAAAAUUCGCAGCAGUGAUGACAUGCAGUUUGCAUUUGCAUACAAUUAUUAUUUAAUGAGUGAGACCAGGGAUGUCAAUCUUACUCAAGUGUUCAACGAUUUUGAUGUCGACCACUCCGGAAGUUGGUCUAUUAGUGAAAUAAGGACCGUAAUCAUCAAUAUUUAUGAGUUACCAUUAAAAUGGGAAUCUAUGGACCAAUUUUAUAAAAUGCUAUUUUCGUGCUGUAAUUCAAGCGACUAUUUGUGUAGUGAAGUGCAAAACAAUGCGAAUCUUUCACAAUAUUAUUAUUAUAGAGAAGAAUCACCACUUCUAUUGCCAGUACAUGAGCUACCAAAACAAUCAAUUGUAUUUCCAAUGUCUUUGGUGAUGGACUGCGUUAAUGUAACAAAUAAAUUAAGAAAACUUUAUGAAAAAAAGCAAAAAUAUAACAAAUUUGAGAUAUUAGGCGAAGAAGACGUUACUUUCAAAAUGAUUAGAUCUAAUGCAACAAUUGUUGGACAAGAAUUGGAUGAAUUGAGAAAACAUGUGAAAAAAUUCAUGUGUUUGAAUGAUAACAUUGAUGAUCACAAUAGUGAUGGCAAACACAACAAUAUCAGUCAAAUAAAGCAAAUGUUAGUCGACUUUUAUGAAUCAAUAUUUCCGAUGAGAUCGCAAUUUGAGUUACCGUUGGGUCAAACAAAUCGAUUUACUUGUAUUCAUGACUAUAGUCAGUGGAAACACAAACAAAACUCCAGUUCCCAAUUCAUGUCUUCAAACAUAUGGAUUAUUGUAAUAGUAUUUGCUUUAAUUCUAACCAUUAUAUCAAAGGAAAUCACGUUUUUGUAA